GCGGCGAAACAACUCUCACCAUGGUCUCGCUGUACCUCGCGGCCCUACCACUCUACGAAUUCUCUGGAGGCGACAUCACAUAACAUACGCGUUUCGCCAUGGAAUGCGACAUUUGCGGCAAGGGCGCCAGCCUCAGCCAGCCCUUCCACUGCAUGACUUGCGCCCGCGCGUACCUUGAACAGCCCCGCAUCGAGCUCGCGAGGACGCUGAUAGACCGUGAUGGCGUGGAGAAGCACGUCAAGGCGAUUAUAAACGGCUCCGAGGACCAGGCGAUACAGCAUGUUUCGCUCGUCGACUCCAAGGGCGGACUCUUGGUCGACCGGCAGGAGUGCACCAACAAUCUAAACUGGCAGCGCACCAAGGCAGAGACGCUCGAGAUACACGAGCGCGUCAAGGCCAUCUCGGAGCAUGCCGGCAGGCUUCGCCAACAGAUAGAAGCCACCCGGAAGGAGCUCGAGGCCAAACGAGCAGCCAACGCACAGCGCAAGUCGGACCUCUCGUCGGCCACGUACGGGAUUGAGUCGCGGCGGGCGAACGAGCUGGACAAGGUGCAGCAAAAGAUCAAGAGGCUCGACUACAAUGCGGACAAGAUGCAUCACGACACGAUAGAUUUGCGCAUGCAGCUGUGUACGACUGCCGCGAAGCUUGCGGGCUUGAAGAUGCAGCGGCGAAAGACGAGAGACGGCAGCAUCAAGGAGGUCUUCAACAUAGGGCCCGGGUCACGCCUGCGCAUACACGAUCUCCGCGACAUGAACGAUGUACCUCCGGAUGGCUUGUCUGCCUCGCUGGCUGCUGUAGCCCAGCUCCUUGUUCGGGUUGCAGCCUACCUAGGCAUCCGUCUUCCUGCUGAAAUCACACUGCCCCAUAGCGACUACCCGCAACCUACCAUUUUUAGCCCAGCAUCGUCGUACCAGGGGAAGAAAGUGCCGUUUCCUGGCUCGACGCCCUCACACUCGUCAAGCACCAGCCCUGAAGCCUCUCGCACGCUCGAAGCGCGCGUGCACCUCCCUAAGCCCCGUACCCUCUUUGUCGAUCGGCCGUUGGGCCACCUCUCAGCCGAGGAUCCUCCGGCAUACUCAUCCUUUAUCGAAGGCGUGUCGUUGCUUGCAUACGAUGUGGCAUGGCUCUGCCGCACACAGGGCAUGAAGGACAGCUUCAAGCAGUGGGAGGAUACGUGUUCAAUGGGUCGCAACCUGUACCGACUGCUGAUUGCGCAAGAGUCGUACAACCCGCAGCGAGUUGAGAAUACAUUCGACAAGGACAUUAGCAUAUCCAAGUCGUCUCGCUUUAUUCCGCGCAAGUCAGGAGUUGGGUUUGGGCAGCUUUCGCACGCGACGUCGCACUCGUUCCUGGGCAUGGCGGAAAAUGCAAACUACAUCAGCGGGUGGGGGUUGUCACCGACAAAGGUUGUCGACGAGCUCAAGGCAUUCUUACUCGCGGAGCAACAAGCACAGGAAUGGGAUGUGUUGAACCAGAAGGAAUGGGAGGACAUGGAGAAGCUGAUGGCCGAAGAGCCGGUGGUGGUUGGAGAAAAGCGACGGGGCAACACGGGCUUGGACGAUGGACGCAGCUACCUGACGUCGACUACAGCCAAUGGGAAAGCGUCGCCAUCACGCAAAGUGGAUGCUUCUGAGGGUGAGCAGACUACGCGCAAGAAGGGUGUAAGCGGCUAUGUGAAGCUUAAAAGUAGGCCCGAAGACGAUGCAUAUUAGGGCUAGCAACGGGCUUGCAGUGUGAGCUAAUGGGCACAUGGAGGACGUCCAAGUUGGAUAUUGAAUCUGCAAGCUACCAAUGCACGUGUAUGGGAAAUGCUGCUGCCGUUACGUAUUUGAAAUGCGCAGCCGAGCAAGCGGUAUUGGUGUGCAGGCCGUGAUGGUGUAAGCAAAGCGAUGUGUAAUCAG